ACAUGCUCUUUGAGCUUCCAAUUUUGCCCUUUAAAAAAUGUUGCAACAUCCUCUGUCCCAUCAGCGAAACAUGGACCUGUUCAGCUUAAAAUCACUUGUGUUGUCCCUCUGUUUUAUAGGGCUCAGUGUUGGUCAAAAGAUUGUAUCGGAGAGUCCAGUGCAAGUCUAUUUGGGGGAAAAUGCAACCCUUGAAAUCCUGGUUGAGAACGAGCCAAGUAACAUAAUAACCUGGAAUUUCAAAGGUGGAAACCAAAUUGUAAAUGUUGCUCUUCUGCGUCCAGAAGGUCUCAUCGUAAAUGAUCGCUACAAAGGUAGAGCUUCGAUUGACUCAGCCAACGGCCACCUGACUCUGACCUCCGUACAACUGAAUGACAGCGGAAAUUAUACUGUCGUAAUAUUGGGGAAAAAUACUACUGAAAUUGGAACAGUUAAACUCCAUGUUGUGGAUGCUUUACAUCCCAACCUGACUUUGCUGGCCCCCUCCAGUGAGGAGCUGCAGCAGGGGAAGUUCACCCUCACAUGUCUGGGCUACAAGGGCUUCCCCUCAGACUGGCAAUUGCGUUGGAACGUCAAUAGCAGCAGCAAAGUGAACUGGGAAGAGGAACGUGGCCCCGUGUUGCCUCUGGAUGACGUCCACUACAGCUGGAGCAGCUUCUUGACGGUGGAUGAGGAGAACUGGAAGAAGAUAUCGUCAGUGACCUGCAGGGCGGUUCGGGGCUCACUGGCUCCAGUCUCAGUCACUCUGAAGAUCAACUUGAGUUCGGAGGCCCAGCCUGACUCACUGGAUUGAUUUUUGUACUUUAACUGGUUUCUCUCUUUAACGGGCAUUUUCAAGAAUCGAUUAUUCUCUCGCUUUGCUCUGGUCUUCUUUAUACUAUUGAAUAUAAUAUAUCAUAAUUCAAGAUGACAGUUAGAGGAUCAAUGUAUUUCUGUGUAGACGCCUGUUGAAAGCUCUUAAACUUUAACUUUGGAUUGUUAUUUUAAAACCAUAAAACCUCUGAAAACAUAAUCACAUUUUCAAUUUGUUUUAAGGUGAAGAGCAUUCUUCAGUACUAAAUCGCAGUAACAUUUAUAUUUGUAGAAAUUUAACUUUGUAAAACUUUUCUGCAGAAUAAAGUGUAAUCUACUUAACAUAUGGAUUCAUUAAUUAUCUGCUGAGUUUGAAGCAAAAAUAAAAAUCUUUGUAACUUA